AUGGACUUCUGGUACAACAACACCUGGGACCCGGAAGCUAGCUACCCAGGCACGUUGUACAGCCAGCACGGCGAGCCCGCUGUGGAUCAAGGUCACGGCACCUACAGCAGCAGUGAUUUCCACCACAACGGGGAUCUCCAGGACUACUACGACCCUUUCCAGAUUCACUUCGGCAAGCUUUACGGCACCAUGGAUGACCUGCGCCUGGAGCACAGCCGGGUACAGCAGAAAUACAUCGCCAUGAGCAAAGCGCUCAUAUCCAGCUGCGACAUAGACGGCUUUCGCGUCGACACGCCGAUGCAAGUGCCGCUGAACUUCUACAAGGCCUGGGCGCCGGCGGUGCGAGCCCAUGCCAAGUCCUUGGGCAAGGCAAGCUUCGGUUUGUUCGGCGAAUUUUACGUUACCCCGGAGCGCUACGCCACCAUGACCGGCCGCGGCCGGGAUCAAACCAUGUAUGGCACAGACCGCUUUAUCGACGGACCUGCCACGAUGAAGGGUUCUCAGGAUGCAGGGGCUGCAUAUUUGAUGUGGUUGCAAAAGGCCAGUGGUCAGCAUGAGUACGCCAUGUGGAAUUUCUGCAAUAACCACGACAACUGGAACUUCGACUCUCCUGGCAGCGCGCUGGAUGGAUGGGCCCGCGAGGCAUGCCCGACUGUGACAGGUUUUGCAGGGCCGUUGGGUUGUACGGCCGGUCUCACACUCAAGAUUCUUCCACUAUCAUCUCAUGAGGCUUAUGAGCCUGAUGGGCGGAAGCCUCAUUCAGAGUAG